AUGUCCUCCCGCCUCAAGGAUCGCGGCGGCGGCAGCGCCACGGCCGCGGCAACCCGCCCGCUCACCCCUAAGCCCUUCUCCAUCUCGUCAUCCGCCCGGCGGACGACCGCCGCCGCCGCCGGCGGCGGCGGGAAGGAGAACACCGCGUCCAAGCCGUCCAAGCCCACCUCGGCCGUGCGGUGGUCCACGUCGUCGCUCCCGCGGGCCAGCAGGAUCCAAAGCUCGGUGGACUCCUCCAAGCUCGUCUCCAGCCUCAGGGCUCCCGUGCUGCCGGGGAGGCCUUCCAUCGGUAAGGAUCCCGUGGUUGAGGCAGGCUUGCGACGGAGCGUCAGUGGUGGGAUCAGGGCUUCUUCUGUAGACAAAGGGAGGAGGUCGGUUAGUGUUGUUGGAUCCAGGGCCUCGGAGGCUAGGAGAGGGAGCGCUGGCGCUGGUGGUGAUGACACUGGCAGAAGGGAGAGGUUUGAUGCGAAGGCCAAGGGGCUGAGUGAGAUCAGCAGGAGAAGAGAUGACCUUGAUGCCAAGGGGAAGCAGACUGGUGAGGUUGGCAGGAAAAGGGAGAGCUUUGAUGCAAAGGCCAAGCAGAUCGGUGGGAAAAGAGAGAGCUUUGGUGUGAAUGUGUCGAAGCAAUGUGAUGAGAUCAAAGGGAAAACAGAUGCAUUCGUGAGUAAUAUGAAGAAGCAAUGCGAAGAUGUUGGUGGGCGAAGAGAGGGCUCUGAUUCGAAGGCAAAGGCAGGUGAAGAAAUCAAUAUGAAGAAAGAGGGGCCCAAUAAAUUGGUGAAGGAGAUGCAUACCAAAAAAGCUGAUUCAGGAGAAGCUUCUUCCAAAUCCGUGGAAUGUUGUGCCACCCAGAAGGAUGAUGAGAUAGGCAACACUUCUGUCAUCCCUGUUUUCACUGUCCAUGUGGAGGAUUCAAAUCUUGUCCCUGAUCCAAUAAGGAAACAGCAAAAGAAUAAUGAAGAGGGCAUGAAGCAGGAAGAAAAGGGAAAAUUGGCAGACAGGAUAAGAGUUUUUGAGAAAGUGGCUGCAGGUGGGGAUGGAGGGUCAGCAAAACCCGUGUCUGCUAUGAACAGGUACCCAAGCAAACUUCAUGAGAAACUAGCUGCACUGGAAGGGAGGGUUCAGAAGAUUGCUACCGAUAUCAAGAAAACCAAAGAAAUGCUCGAUGAGAACAACCCGGACGAGCCAAAGCAGAUCUUGUCAAAUAUUCAGAAGGAAAUCACUGCCAUUGAGAAGGCAAUUUCUCAUGUCAAGGAUGAUAAUAAGAUACAGCUGGGUACUGCAGAUAGCAGUGAAUGUGAGAGCUCUCACCCUGAAACAGCUGAAAAAUGUACCAUUACAAAGCCAGGUGACCUGAAGCAAGCUGGAAAAGGCUUGAAUGCUGAUGAGCUGGAGGCAAGGUUCUUUCCACACCACAAAUUGUUGAGGGGUCGCAUAUCUUCGACUUCUACUCAACAGGAGUCAUCUGUGGAUAUGAAGAAAGAUUGUAAUGGAAAAACAAGACCUGCUGCAUCUAACCCUGACGAUGAUGAGAACGGUAUAGCCAUGGAGUUUCUGGCUUCUUUAGAUGGUGAAGAAAAUGAUUUCUUCAAGGAUCGUCGAGCUAAGAAAUUGGAAAAGAAUAAGAUAUGUGAAGUAGCAGAUGCUACCGGCAAGACAUCAAGUCAAGGUAGCUCAAAGAAUCCAGUUGGUCCCAAUCAUAAGGAGGAAAUUGAAUUGCUUGCUACAGAGGAGCUAGAAGAAUUUGAUGAUCAGGAAAACAAGUCCUCCAUGAUGUUACAGGAAGAAACUGAGGAGUCAUGCAAUAGUCAGUUAUCAGGUAUAGGAAACAAGUCUUCAACUGGUGGAUGGUUUGUUUCAGAGGGGGAAGCUGUUCUUCUUGCUCAUGGAGAUGGCACAUGCUCCUAUUAUGACAUUGCAAACCAUGAGUUCAAAUCUGAGUAUAAGCCUCCCAGCAUGGUAUCGAAUAAUAUGUGGGGUGAUUGCUGGUUGAUUCGUGCCCCAGGUGUAGACGGAUGUUCUGGCAGAUAUGUUGUUGCUGCAUCAGCUGGGAAUGCACUGGAGCCUGGGUUUUGCAGCUGGGAUUACUAUACCAGAGAAGUAAAAUCAUUUCAUGUUGAGGAGGAAGCUUCUCAAGCUUUUGCUCCAACAUCCAGGGCUAUUCUUGGUGCUCUCUCUAAUGUAGGUUCAUCAAGAUCCAACUCCGCGCUGUCAAAUUCAGAAAGGCAGCAAUGGUGGUAUAAACCGUGCGGACCUCUCCUGCUUUCUACUGCUAGCAAGCAAAAGAUGGUCACAGCUUAUGAUAUACGUGAUGGCGAUCUUGUGAUGAAAUGGGAAGUUAGCAAUCCAGUAAUGGGAAUGGAAUACUCCAGCCCACUACAAUGGCGUAGCAGGGGGAAAGUAGUAAUUUCUGGGAGCGAAUCAAUAGGGUUGUGGGAUGUGAAUUCACUUAACCCACAACCCUUGUUGUCUGUUGCUUCUGGUAAGAAAGUGUACUGCCUUCAUGUGAAUAACACUGAUGCUGAGGUGGGCGGUGGAGUGCGUCAAAGGGUUAGUUCAUCUGAGGUGGAAGGAAAUGAUGGUGUUUUCAGCACACAGGAAAGUGUUAAUGUAUUUGAUUUUCGUGUACCUGCUGGCAUUGGGCUUAAAAUAGCAAGACAUGGUGGCACAGCAAACUCAAUCUUCUCACGUGGAGACGUAGUAUUUAUCGGUAGCACAGAAGGAAGGCUGCAAAUAAAAGGAGGGUUGAGAUCACGAGUUCAGCAAUACUCGUUGAGAAAGGGGAAACUUGUCGCCACCUAUGAGUUACCAGAAUUCAACGCUCAUAUCCAUCACUCUGCAAUAACCCAGGUAUGGGGUGACUCAAAUCUUGUCUUGGCUGCAUGUGGUAUGGGGCUGUUUGCCUUAGACACAUUUAAGGAAGACAUGCAGCCAACCUACAGCUUUGACCGUGGAAACACCAUUGGAGUGAGAGAAGCUAUUGGCCCUGAUGAUUUGUACUGUCCUACAUUUGAUUAUUCAUCAUCAAGGGUUCUUCUUGUCUCAAGAGAUCGUCCAGCACAUUGGAGGUACUUGUAG